AAAUCGCCACAUAUCGCGGUGAACGAGCGCCACUCUCGUGACCGCGCACGUCGUGUUCGCUUUUAAUCGGGAGCGCGGACGUGCGCGUCCCCGCGGUGUCUUUGUGUGGCGGCGUAGAGAAGCGCAAUUACAAUAACCAUGGCCGACGAGAAACCAAAGGAGGGUGUAAAGACAGAGAACAAUGACCACAUCAACCUGAAGGUAGCAGGACAGGACGGAUCGGUGGUCCAGUUUAAAAUCAAGAGACACACACCCCUCAGCAAGCUCAUGAAGGCCUACUGUGAGAGACAGGGAUUGACGAUGAGGCAGAUUCGAUUUCGAUUUGAUGGACAGCCCAUUAAUGAAACAGACACGCCCGCACAGUUGGAAAUGGAGGAUGAAGACACAAUUGACGUUUUCCAGCAACAGACGGGAGGACUCGUCUAAAUCUGACUUUACCAACCACAAAUCCUCCUUUUCUUUGCCCUCUCUCUGUUACCCCAAAGCUCUCAUCUUGGUUAUCUGUAACUGCUGUUGUAUAGUGUUUCAGUUCAUAUUUUACUCUUUUGUUUUGUACAUAAAGAAUUCCUGCUACAGUAAUUAUUACAUUGGGAUUGUUUAUUGCCUGUAACAUCUGACAUGUCAAGCCCAGAGUUUUGGAGAAAGAUGUCAGUAGCUUUAUAAGCACUCGUUUCACAGUUCACUAUGUCAUCUGUGUAUAAACCAACUUUAAAUAUUUUACUAUAAAAAUAGAGCAAAGGUUAUACGCUGUGUGUUUGGGUUCAGAUUGUGUUCGGUAUCUGAACCCAACAUCUGGUUCAGAUAUGAACACGCACGGAGGCUUUUUCUAAGAAAACGUCUCUUCUGUUAUACGUUAAGCGGACGCUUCAGUUCUUCUCCGUUAAGAUACAUUGGUUUUGAAAUGUUUUUGUUACUGUAGUGGUCAAUUGUAGCUUGACGCUCGUCUUAAACAUGUGUUGACUUGGGUGAAUACGUGUUUUAGAUGAGUCAAACAUCUGUCUGUAUUGUCUAUAAUCUCUUGUUAAAAUAAAAUAUUCUCUUUUUAUCAAA